CGACAGUGACCAGCGAGCGAAACGACGAUUUGCCGAUUGCCUACUUGGAAAACUCAGAAAAGGCAGAUUAGUUCAGGUUUUGAGAAAAGUUUUGUCCUAAUUUAGACAACAAAGCUGAAAAUAUGUUGGCUGCUCGUGUUUCAUUACUGAGAAAUGUUCCGGUCAUUUUGGGGUGCCGUAGCAAGCACACCCUUCCGGAUUUGCCAUACGACUUCGGUGCUCUGGAACCGGUCAUCUGCCGUGAAAUAAUGGAGCUACACCAUCAAAAGCAUCACAAUGCAUACGUCACGAAUCUUAACGCUGCCGAGGAACAGCUGAAGGAAGCUGUCGCCAAGAAUGAUGCAUCUAAAAUCAUCCAGCUCGGAUCUGCCCUCAAGUUCAACGGAGGUGGCCAUAUAAAUCAUUCUAUUUUUUGGAAGAACCUGUCACCCGACAAAUCUGAACCAUCAGCUCAACUGAAGGCAGCUCUCGAACGAGAUUUGCAAGGAUUGGAAAACUUCAAAAAAGAAAUGAAAGUGGCCGCCGUCGCCGUGCAGGGCUCAGGUUGGGCUUGGCUUGGUUAUAACAAGAAAACAAAAUCCCUUCAAAUCGCUGCCUGUCCGAACCAGGAUCCGCUGGAGGCCACUACUGGUUUGGUUCCUUUGCUUGGAAUAGACGUAUGGGAACAUGCUUAUUAUCUGCAAUACAAGAAUCUACGACCAAAUUAUGUUGAUGCUAUCUGGGAUGUCGUUAACUGGAAAGACAUUUCGGAGCGUUUAGCAAAGGCACAGUAAAUUUAACCUUUUGGUGUGAUAAGUUCGAAUGUUGUACUCUACUGAUUCAAAGUUCUUAAAAUGCUUUACAUGAUUCUUGGGUAACGAAACACAAAACGUUGCUAUACAUGGCUUAUUUAUAUGAUGAAACAAAUGCGCAGUAGGUAUAGUUACUGAAAGUCAAACCAUAGUAUUCAUACCAUUGAGAAAUUCGCUUUUUGUUCGUCAGAAAUGGGGGUAGAAAAGUCUGUACAUAAUUCUUGUGGGAC